AUGUCUUCACGAAACCCACCACUCCAUCUCCUCAAACUCCCCACCGAAAUCCGUGAUAAAAUAUUCGAAUACGUUCUCCUCGAGCAUCCAGAAUGGAGCAUCAUGAUGUGUACUACUGAUGGCAGACACAAACACAUGCAUUACAUCGAUCCCAAAAUCAAGAAGCUAAUCCCCCGCUCCAAAGCCGUACCUCAAGUUCAAGUUCUCCGUAUCUGCAAGCAAAUCUGUAGCGAAUACGGGCAGGUAAUUUGGAAAAACCGAAGCUUCGCGUGGACUGAUAGUUCGCUCUUCGUGGAGGCUUCCAGGUUUUCACGAUGGAGGUUUUUUCUCGACACCGUCGAUAACAUCACGAGUGUGGAGCUUUUCCUUGACUUCACGAGGAGCGAUCUAUACCUUAAAACCUGGUCGCAGCCAUGGUACACACCUAAACAUGAUUCGGAUGCUUUUGGUCGGUAUACGAGUACAUGGAAAGCUUUGAGACAAGUGAAGCUGCAUCUUUUCGGCAGUCGUCUUGAAACUCUAAGGACACGGGGGUUUGUGUAUGGAAUUCGAUCAAAUAGACAUGGCUUCAUGUCGCCGGGCGAUGAAUUGAAUUCUGUGGAUUGUUAUAGAGGGUUUGUCACGGUUCUGAAAUCAUUGCGUAGUGCUGUUGGCAAUAUUGCGUUUCCUCAUAAGAUCAGACGAGCAGACGGUCGAGUAGAGAAGCUCACACAGAUACUGGAUUUGGGCUUGAAGUGGAAUGACUAUCCCGAUGAAUACCACAAGAAGAAUUGGGCUGUACUCACCGCCAUCUUGAAAGCCUGCAAUGCUGCUUUUGAAGGUGGAGAGAUAUGGCUUGAUGGUAUUGUGUGUUGGAAAGAUAAUGUUGAGCAAGCGUGUAUGAAAUCAAUUGAGGACAUAUCCACCAGCGCCCGUAUGGUUUACACUCCCAAUUGCUCAUCGGAGCCCUUUCGAGUAGAAUUUCGAGCUCGACGUGAAGGCCUAAUUCCCACGAAGAAGAACGCACAAGAACCUAAGCGCAAAGAGAAGAAGUACAGCGGGAAUGGUUUCAAAUUCGAAUCGGAGUUUAUAUAUCGAAUAAAAACAAGAAAGGAUAUGAACACUUCAAUCUUAGGCCCGUGA